AUCUUCUCCUUUUCUGUGCGUAUAUUAAUGCUUAUAAUAAUACUCACAAAACUAGAAUAAAGCUGCUUCUGUGACCGUGGCUGGUUCUUCUUCCUUUUUUUUUUCCUUCUCUCUCUUUUCUCUCUGCUUCUGCUGCAAUUUCUUUCUUUCUUUCUUCUUUUUUUUUUUUUUUGCUUUUGGUUACUUGUUUCUUGUCUCCCUUGGAGUCUGACCCUGUUGCCAGCUUUGACUCAAGAAGAUGUUUGUGGCAUUGCUCUUGCUGGUGGCAUUGAGCAAUGCCGUGAGAGUUAGCGGAGAUGGUGGGCAAUGUGGUUCCAACCCAACACUAGACCCAAGACCACACAGUGUCUCCAUUUUGGAGUUUGGUGCAGUUGGAGAUGGUAGAACACUCAACACCAUUGCGUUCCAGAACGCCAUCUUCUAUCUCAAGUCAUUUGCCGAUAAGGGUGGCGCUCAGCUCUAUGUUCCUCCCGGUAAAUGGCUCACCGGAAGCUUCAAUCUUACCAGCCAUCUCACCCUCUUUCUGGAAAAAGGUGCUGUCAUUAUUGGAUCUCAGGAUCCAUCUCAUUGGGAUGUCAUUGAACCCUUGCCUUCUUAUGGCCGAGGACUUGAAGUUCCUGGGGGAAGAUAUCAGAGCUUGAUAAAUGGAUACAUGUUACAUGAUGUGGUUGUAACAGGUAAUAAUGGAACCAUUGACGGCAUGGGAAUGGUUUGGUGGGAGUGGUAUAGCUCCCAUUCCUUGAACCAUAGCAGGCCUCAUCUGGUUGAAAUUGUGGCAUCUGAUAAUGUGGUGGUUUCAAAUCUUACAUUCUUGAAUGCCCCAGCUUAUAGCAUACACCCAGUCUAUUGCAGCCAUGUACAUAUUCAAAAUGUUUCAAUCUCUGCUCCUCCAGAAUCCCCUUACACUGUUGGUAUAGUGCCAGAUUCUUCUGAACAUGUGUGUAUAGAAGAUUGUAUUGUUGGCAUGGGAUUUGAUGCAAUUUCUCUGAAAAGUGGCUGGGAUGAGUAUGGCAUUGCCUAUGGCAGGCCAACUGAGAAAGUGCACAUCAGAAGGGUGCAUCUUCAUGCAUUUUCUGGCUCUGCUCUUGCAUUUGGCAGUGACAUGUCUGGUGGCAUUUCAGAUGUUGUAGUGGAGCAUGCUCAUGUUUUGAACUCAAACAGUGGCAUUGAGUUUAGAACCACCAGAGGAAGAGGUGGUUAUAUGAAAGAUAUUGUUAUAUCAGACAUAGAAAUGGAGAAUGUGCACACAGCAAUUGCUGCCACUGGUAAUUGUGGUUCUCAUCCUGAUGACAAUUUUGAUCCAAAUGCACUCCCACUUUUGGAUCACAUUACAUUGAGGGAUGUCACAGGUACAAACAUUACCAUUGCUGGAAACUUUGCAGGAAUUGAGGAAUCUCCUUUCACAAACAUAUGCCUCUCCAACAUAACCUUGUCAACAGAUUCUGUUUCUACCAUGACUUGGGAAUGCUCAAAUGUGUCUGGUUUUUCAGACUCAGUGCUCCCAGAACCUUGUCCUGAACUUGGAAACCCCUCAUACGAUUCUUCUUCCUCCUGUUUUCUGAGUAUCAGUGGAAAAACUGCAGUGCUGUGAUGAACCUUUCUCAAUACAACAAGAUUCAUAUUCUUAAGUGCCCUUUUGCUUGAUGUUGAUGAAAAAGUGAAUGGCCAUUUUCCAUCAAAGAUUAGGCCACAUUCUUUCCAAUAAGACGGUUGUGAGGAUUAUUCAUUUUUUCAUCCCUUAGAUAUUUGCAUUAUUGCAUGUUCCUACCAGCACAUUAUUUGUACAGCUUCAUUUCUUCAUUCAUGUGUAAGGAAAUUUUGGUAGUGGCAGCCACAGGAGACUCAAAGUUUGAUAGUUUUUGCAUUAGUGGAUUUGGAUGUAAAGCAUGUAGUGGAUUUGGUGAUACUUCAAUUAAACAAAGUUCAACUUUUUUUCAUCGUUA